GGAGUUUAUGGACAUCCGUCACAUGAAAGCAGUAAAUAUAUACUUUUAGUAUACGAAACAGCAAAUACAGAAAAUUUAUUUUAUGAAAGGAAUUCAGAUACUCUUCAUAAAAAUUAUAAUAAUGAGGAACAAGAUGCAUCAUUUUCAGCAUCUAUUACAUGGUAUCUUUUAGAUUUACUUUUUCAAAUCCUGUUUUGAUGAUUAUAAUAACAUAUUAGGCAAUUUUACUAUUAAUCAUGUUGGAAUAUGAGAACCAAAUAUUUUUGGAAAUGCUCCAUGAGGAUGGUUUGCUUGUAGCAGCAAAGGGACUUGGUAUCGAAACUGUAUUUGCAAAUAUAUUAAGAGCUUAUAUAGAUCCUGGAAACUUAAUUAUAGUCCUCGGGACUACAAGUCACGAUGAAAGAUACUUUAUUGAUACUUUAAAAAGCUUUGGAGUAAAACAACUACCUCGUGUGGUAACUUCUGAAUGCUCUGCUGAUGAAAGAUCAAUAAUGUAUCUGGAAGGUGGGGCAUUGUUUAUGUCCGGUCCAAUUCUGGUAGUAGAUUUAUUAAAACAAAGAAUUCCAUUAAAUUUAGUUACUGGAAUCCUUGUGUAUAGAGCGCAUAAUAUUUUAAGAUCAUAUCAAGAAGCAUUUGCUCUUCGUUUAUAUAGGCAAAAUAACAAGACCGGUUUCAUCAAAGCAUUUUCUAACUCAGCAUUAGCAUUCAAUGUUGGAUUUACGCAAGUAGAACGAGUAAUGAAAGCUUUAUUUGUUAAACAAUUGUAUUUGUGGCCACGUUUUCAUGCACUUGUAAAUAGUAGUCUAGGAAAACGCAAGGCAGAAGUCAUUGAACUGCAUGUAAAGAUCACACCAAAAAUGUUGAACAUUCAAACUGCUUUACUUGAUGUGAUGAAUUACGUCGUAAAAGAAUUGAAAAAACUUAAUAAAUAUUUAGAUUUAGACGAAUUAACUGUUGAAAAUGCGAUAGCUAAAAAAUUUCACAAGCAAUUGCAAUCACAAUUAGAUCCUAUUUGGCAUCAACUUAGUUCCACUUCAAAGCAGUUACUUUCAGAUUUAAAGACGUUACGAGCUCUCCUCGCAUGUUUGACAUACGAAGAUUGCGUGUCAUUUUAUGCGAUGCUAAACCGUUUACGUACUAUGGAAUAUGCUGUGAAAAAUAGUGGCUGGUUGAUGCUAGAUUCUGUAGAUUCUUUAUUCAAAAAUGGAAAAAGUAGAGUUUACAAUGAAAAGAAUGAAUUGAAACCAGAAGCAAAUCCAAAAUGGAGAGCUUUAACAGAAGUAUUACUUGAAAUUCAGCAUCAAAGUAAAAAGAAGGGAGAUAAUGGUAAUGCUGAAAAAAUUCUUAUUUUGGUACAUGAUCGUACUAUAUGUUACCAAUUAAGAAAUUAUCUAACUAUGGGUCCUAAUGAGUAUUUAUUGUAUGAGGCAAUGAAGAAACUCGCUCCUAAAGAAGUAAAAAAAGCAAACGAAACCAGUGUAGAAAAAGCAUCAUCCGAAGAGAAAGGUGGUGAUGAUACUGACGAAACCGAACAAGACACCUACAUGUUAACAUUAUCUCAAAAAGCUAAUGAGGAAAGUGAAUCUAAUUCACCACCAGAUGAAAACAAAAAUCAAACAUUAUUUGAGGAUUGCUCACAAAUGGGAGAUUUAGAUUUAACUAUUGCAACAACAAACACGCCUGUUAUUUUAAUACAAUCUUUAAAAAAAUGUGGAGAUCCAAUGUCUUUACUACGCGCUUUAGCAGAACAUAUGCCAAGUAAUAUUAUUAUGUACGUUGCUGAUAUUUCGGCUGUACGGCAAAUUGAAGUGUAUCAAAACAAUAACCCAUCGAUAGAUUUAAAAGUAUAUUUCUUGAUUUAUGGGGGUUCUGUAGAAGAACAAGAAUAUCUUACAUCCUUGCGACGGGAAAAAGAAGCAUUUCACAAAUUAAUCAAUGCAAAAACUACCAUGGUUAUCCCUGAUGACCAGGACGGAAAAACUGAUGAUUUAAAUCUUUCAUUAGAAAUGAAUACAAAUGACACAGAAAAUACACGCAAAGGUGGAUUAUCAACUGAACCUCAAGUUCCAAACACUGUAAUAGUUGACAUGAGAGAAUUCAGAAGUGAACUACCUGCAAUAUUAUAUACACGAGGGAUGAGAAUUGAACCCGUAACGUUACAGGUGGGAGAUUACAUCUUAUCACCAGAAAUUUGUGUCGAAAGGAAAAGUAUUUCUGAUUUAAUUGGGUCUUUAAACAGUGGAAGAUUAUACAAUCAAGCUAUUUCAAUGACAAGAUAUUACACCAAGCCAAUGCUUUUGAUAGAGUUUGAUCCAAAUAAGCCAUUUUGCUUUCAAGGAUAUUACUACGCUAGUAAGGAUGUACAAAAUACGUUCAUAACUUCAAAACUUCAGUUAUUAACUCUACAUUUUCCUCGAUUAAAACUUGUAUGGUCGCCUGGGCCUCACGCAACGGCACAAUUAUUUGAAGAAUUAAAGCAAGGAGCUUCUCAACCAAAUGCAAUAAAAGCUGCUCAAAUAGGAUUUGAAGAAAACAAAGAGGCAACAGAAAAAUUCAAUUCAAAAAUUCAAGAUUUAGUUUCUAAAUUACCAGGAGUUACAACAAAAAAUUUGCAAACAAUUUUGAGCAAAGGACAAUCAUUAGAUCAUCUCAAUAAUCUUACAAAAGAGGAACUUGCAGAAAUGAUCGGAAAUAAACACGAAGCACAAAUGUUAUACGAUGCAUUUCACGAAAAAAGUUCUCCCGCUGAAGAAAAAUCGAAAACAAUUGGUAAGAAAGCUGCCGUCGGAUAUAGAGGUCGUGGAAGAAGACUGUUUUCUAAAGUUAAGCAAUGAUGUUCAGACGUACAUAGUUUUUAAAAAUAUUUAUUGCUUAAUUUCUACUUCAGUUAUGUAUAAAAUGCGAGAUCAUGGAUGUAUACUGUGUUAUACGCGAUAUCAGUAAUGUGAUAUAAAAAGAAUUGUGCAUGUAACAAUUUUCAUAGAAAGUAAAAUAUAUUUUUAUCUAUUAAAAA